AUGCGGCGCCUGCGACGGCGACUAAGGACGGGCUAUGAUGAUAUUGACCAAAACAAUUCUAGCUCAGGCCAGUGGGCGGUGUAUCUAGCAUGGCUUACAUCUGUCUACCGCUACGUGCAUCGCCGGUAUUUGCGUCGUCUACAAUACCUGGCAACGUCAUGGCGGAUGUUAGACGAGGACGAGGCAACAACAUCUGGCGUUACAGACGGUGCGCCCGGCGACCAACAGAACCGCGUCAUCUUCGUCAACCAUCCGCAGCCUCAGAAGUUCCUCUCAAACACCAUCUCCACAGCCAAAUACAGUGUCCCAUCUUUCAUCCCGCUGUUCCUGUUCGAGCAGUUCCGCCGGUACUCCAACUGCUUCUUCCUGCUGAUAGCCCUACUGCAACAGAUACCUGAUGUGUCGCCCACCGGUAGAUGGACAACGCUCACACCCCUCAUACUCAUCCUGAGUGUGAGCGCAGUCAAAGAGAUCGUCGAGGACUUCAAGCGGCACAGAGCUGACGAUGAGACGAAUAGAAGAAAAGUGGAAGUACUUCGCGAUGGACAGUGGCAGACUGUGCGGUGGGAACGGCUGCAGGUGGGCGACAUAUGCAAGGUGCUCAACAACCAGUUCUUUCCCGCGGAUCUGGUGUUACUCUCCUCUAGUGAGCCUCAAGGCAUAUCGUUCAUCGAGACGUCAAACCUAGACGGGGAGACGAACCUGAAGAUCCGUCAGGCACAUCCGGAAACUGCUCGCCUCGACACCACUCAACAGCUAACGCAAUUCCAUGCGACGGUGCAAUGUGAACCACCCAAUAGACACCUGUACGAGUUUAACGGCAUGCUAAAAGAAACUAACGCAAAAACGAUACCGCUGGGCUUGGAACAGAUGUUGUUGCGUGGUGCGAUGUUGCGAAACACGUCCUGGGUGUAUGGCAUCGUGGUGUACACUGGCCACGAGACUAAACUCAUGAAGAACUCAACCAAAGCGCCUCUAAAACGGUCAUCGAUCGACCGCCAGACCAAUACACACAUACUGAUGUUAUUCCUUAUACUGCUGGCACUGUCACUGCUCAGUGCCGGCUGUAACGAGCUGUGGACGCGCAACCACACUGACUGGUACAUCGGACUAUCAGAAGCGCAGAAUGCACACUUUGGAUUUAACUUUUUGACAUUUUUAAUAUUGUACAAUAAUCUUAUACCUAUAUCGUUACAAGUUACUGCAGAAAUAGUUAGAUUUUUCCAAGCCAAGUUCAUAGCGAUGGACAGUGAAAUGUAUCACGAACAAACAGAUACGCCUGCUAUGGCGCGCACAUCAAACUUGAAUGAAGAACUCGGCAUGGUCAAGUACGUGUUCAGUGACAAGACUGGCACACUUACGUGUAAUGUUAUGGAGUUCCACAAGUGCUCCAUCGCUGAGGUGAUAUACAACAAACCGAACAAAGAGGAACAUCUUGAAGAUACCCUUUUGUAUCAACACCUGAUGCGUGGAGAUGAUCACGCCGCCGUCAUACACGAGUUCCUGAUGAUGCUAGCGGUCUGCCACACCGUCAUACCGGAGCAUGGACCCGAUGGCCUCAACUACCACGCCGCCUCUCCCGACGAACGUGCACUAGUAAUGGGCGCGGCACACUGGGGAUACGUGUUCGAAACGCGCACGCCUCAUACUGUGCGCGUGCGCGCCGCCGGCAGCACGCACGAAUAUCACGUGCUCAACGUCAUCGACUUCACCUCAGCGCGGAAACGUAUGUCCGUUAUAGUGCGCACGCCAACCGGAGAGAUCAAACUAUUGUGUAAGGGGGCCGACUCGGUGAUCUACCCACGUCUGGCAGGGGGUCCGCGGGCCCCACACGCGGAAGCAACACUCGCUCACUUAGAACGUUUCGCAGCUGAGGGACUCCGUACACUUGUUUUUGCCGUUGCAGAUAUCCCAGAAGCACUCUAUCAGGAAUGGUGUAACACGUACCACAAAGCUAGUAUAGCGAUACAAGAUCGUGAACAGAAAAUCGAAGAAGCGGCGCUUCUUAUAGAGAAUAACCUGAGACUGCUGGGAGCUACCGCCAUUGAGGAUAAGCUCCAGGACGGCGUGCCAGAUACGAUAGCGGCGCUACUGCAAGCCAACAUGUACGUGUGGGUAUUGACUGGCGACAAACAGGAGACCGCCAUCAACAUCGCCCACUCUGCAAGGCUCAUACACCCCUCUAUGCCACUGAUACUACUCAACGAGGAUAGUCUCGACGGCACGCGCGAGUGCAUCGGCCGACAUUCAGUCGAAUUUGGCGAGAAUUUGCGCAAACAGAACGAGGUAGCUCUGGUAAUAGACGGGAAGACGCUCAAGUAUGCGAUGGGUUGCGAUCUGAAGAAAGACUUCCUUGAUCUCUGCAUAUCGUGUAAAGUCGUUGUAUGCUGUCGCGUAUCCCCCAUUCAAAAGGCAGAGGUCGUGGAAAUGGUAUCAGGUGCGACGGGUGCAGUUACACUAGCAAUAGGCGACGGUGCGAAUGAUGUGGCGAUGAUACAACGCGCCUCCGUCGGCGUCGGUAUAUCCGGCGUUGAAGGAUUACAAGCUGUAUGCGCAUCAGAUUACAGCAUCGCUCAGUUCCGGUUCCUCCAACGUCUGCUGUUAGUACACGGCGCAUGGAACUAUUCAAGGAUCAGCAAACUCAUACUGUACUCGUUCUACAAAAAUAUCUGCCUCUACGUGAUCGAGCUCUGGUUCGCCAUCUACUCUGCCUGGUCAGGUCAGAUCCUGUUCGAACGAUGGACGAUAGGUUUCUACAACGUGAUCUUCACUGCGUUGCCACCGUUCGCUAUUGGAUUAUUUGACAAACUCUGCUCUCCAGAAAUCAUGCUAAGGCACCCGAUCCUGUACAUUCCAUCGCAGCAGGGUCUGCUGUUUAACGUGCGCGUAUUCUGGGUGUGGGCGGUGAAUGCGCUAAUUCACUCUGUGAUACUGUUCUGGUUGCCGGUACUGAUCACCGCCCAUCAUAUACUGUGGCCACACGGCAAGGACGGCGGGUACCUCGUGCUCGGCAAUCUCGUAUAUACGUACGUAGUUCUGACGGUGUGCCUGAAGGCUGGUCUGGCGACGCACUCAUGGACGUGCGUUACUCACAUCUCCAUCUGGGGCUCCGUUGCCAUGUGGCUGCUCUUUAUACUGGUAUACAGCAACAUGUAUCCGACGGUGAUGAUAGGAGCGGUGAUGCGCGGUAUGGAUCGUAUGGUGUUCAGCUCACUGGUGUUCUGGCUCGGACUAGUGCUGAUACCCGCGGCCGCGUUGUUGCCAGAUCUACUAGUCACUGUCAUCCACAACUCUGCAUUCAAGACUAUGACGGAGGCGGUACGCGAGAGCGAGAUAAAACAACGUGACCCGGCCGCACUCCUCGCACAACCCAGGCACUCCCUCACGGAGACGGCGCGGCUGCUGCAGAACGUGCGCAGCGUGUUCUCACGACGGUCCGGAGCCCGCGCGCAACUCGACCUCGAGCUGUCACAUGGUUUCGCAUUCUCACAAGAAGAGGGCGGCAGCGUGUCACAAGCGGACGUGAUCCGCGCGUACGACACCAGCCAGCCGAGGCCGGUGCGCUCCUGA